CGCGAAUAUCAAUAGGCUUAGGUAUUAGAGAAAAAAGUGAAAUAAAAAAAAAUAUCAUCUCUAAAAUUACUGGUCCAUUACCAUUACUCAAUCCUUUCCAUUUUAUAAUUUAUCAAGUUUGAACGUCCAAUCUCAUACAUUUCAUUCCUUCACCAAACACAACAUGGAAGAAGUUUUAGAAAAAUUGGAAUCGACAAUUAUAACUCCGGAAAGUACACAACAAGAAAAGAACGAUUACCAGGCUCUAUAUAAAAACUGGGGCAGAUUGGGAAAUCAAGAAGAGAGGCGUAAAGAAUUACUAGAACAACAAAAAUCUAAUCGCAAUGACAAGAUUGAUGCAUUUCGAGGUAUACUGGAACUUGUUAAAGUGGUAGAAGAGAGAAAUAUUUUCAAGCCUUAUAAUCGGGUACAUUACCGGCCUAGCAUAUAUGUAGCGGGCUUCAACAAGACCUCCGCCACCUAUAGCAAUGUUCUCAUGUUGUCGGAGUGGAUGAUAGAGAAACCGGCGGACUUCAGUGAGAACUGGAUGGUGGUGCCGUGCCCUAAAGGUGUUCGGAUGCUUAUUGUGGCCAAUCAGGGAAAAACUAGAGCCUACACUAAAUACGGGCAUUUCAAGAUGGAGUUCCGAUCUGCUCUUCCCGGUGGCAACGGCAGUGAAUACUCGAAAAGUCCGCGCUGCGUGUUGGACUGCUUCUAUGCUGAAAAAAAAAAGAUGAUGUACAUACUAGAUAUCUUGGCCUGGAACAAUCAGCCCAUGACAGAUGGAGAGUUGGAGUUCAGACAGUACUGGAUCAAAUCACAGCUAAUGGAACUGCCCCAGCUGACCACUGUAAACAAGAAGAACCAAAUAAUCUUCCAACUACUUCCAAUGGUGCCAUGUACUCCAGAAUCAUUUAAUAAUUUCAUGAUGACGUAUCCUCCAUUCGAAGACAACAACCCCGCACUGGACGGCUUGCUGUUCUACCACAAGAAGGCGCAUUACGUCUCGGGCGAGACGCCUCUAGUGGGGUGGCUGUUCCCUUACAUGGUGCCAGAGGUACUGGGAUCUGAAACAACUGUACAUCCACAAUUUCUGAGCGCAAAACCGUCGGGUUACGUAGACCAAGCUCAGUUUAUACAAGCAUUUGAGGCCAAAAUGGACAAGAGGAAGAACCGAGGCAGGAGGUCUAGCUGCUCGAUGGAUACCAGUGGCAGCACAGAGACUGAUCCCAAAGAAAAUCCACUACAUAGUCCUAAAACUGAGAAUGAAGCCAAAGAUACUGAAGAAAUGGAAGCUGAAGUAAAACCAGAUGCGAUCAUAGACAAUAAUCCAGAAGUUAUGGACGCGGAAGAAAAAACAACUUUAGGCAAAGAUAAUAUAGACCCAGAAUCGAAUCUUAUAACAGACGAAAAAGAAAAAAUAGACGUAUAAGCUAUUUGCAUUUACUAAAAAUACAAUUUACUACAAUACAUGUCUAUAUUUGCCAGAGAUACGGCAUGAUGUGUAAGUAUUUGUGUGCUUUAUUCUAAAACUAAAUAUACCUAGUAUAUUUUGUGCGGAAAGAGAAGAGUCGUGGAAUGUAAGGGAACCCAUAUAUUCUACGACUUUCCGCACAGGCUAUAAACAAAUUUCAGACUGAAAAACCGACGGUUGAAAGGAUUGUUUAAGUUGGCGAAUUUGGGUGAUAACUUUUCCUGUCAGUAAUUUAAAUGUAUGUAUAUCUGAAAACAACAACAACAAAAUGAAAUGUACUUACGAAAUACUUGUCUGAAAUAAAGGCUCUUUCAAUUCAAUUCAAAAUAUCUGAAAAAAUUAUACAGAAUUUGUAAUAUGAAAGUAACACGUAGUUUUUCUUGAGUUCGAAAGUUUUUGUUUUGUAAUUUUUAUAUAAUAAAAACCUUAACAAAUUAUAUUAAUGGAGUUAACCAUUUUUCUUGUUAAACUUUAUUAAAUAUGGCUGCAUGUGAUCAUUAUUAAAAAGUAAAUUCCUUAAAUUGAAGU